GAACUCCAAUACGAUUCUGUACUAUAAGAACUAACACAAAGCUUAUAGAAGGAUUAAAUAUAAAAUUAAAAUAUGAUUUUAUAAAGUUAUCUGCUCUUGCAAUAAUGGCCUCAUUGUCAUUUCUCUUAAAAUGUGGGAAUGUUAAAGCCAGAUAUGG